AUGUUCACCCUCCUCACCCUGAAUCAACUCACCCGGAGUCUCCCGCCUCCUCUCCUCGCCCUCAGUCUCCUCGCCCCGAGUCUCCUCGCCCCGAGUCUCCUCGCCCCGAGUCUCCUCGCCCCGAGUCUCCUCGCCCCGAGUCUCCUCGCCCUUAGUCUCCUCGCCCUGAGUCUCCUCGCCCCGAGUCUCCUCGCCCUUAGUCUCCUCGCCCUGAGUCUCCUCGCCCUGAGUCUCCUCGCCCUGAGUCUCCUCGCCCUGAGUCUCCUCGCCCUUAGUCUCCUCGCCCUGAGUCUCCUCGCCCUGAGUCUCCUCGCCCUGAGUCUCCUCGCCCCGAGUCUCCUCGCCCUCAGUCUCCUCGCCCCGAGUCUCCUCCGCCCCGAGUCUCCCUCGCCCGAGUCUCCUCGCCCGAGUCUCCUCGCCCCGAGUCUCCUCGCCCCGAGUCUCCUCGCCCUGAGUCUCCUCGCCCUGAGUCUCCUCGCCCUGAGUCUCCUCGCCCUGAGUCUCCUCGCCCUGAGUCUCCUCGCCCUGAGUCUCCUCGCCCCGAGUCUCCUCGCCCUGAGUCUCCUCGCCCGAGUCUCCUCGCCCGAGUCUCCUCGCCCUGAGUCUCCUCGCCCUGAGUCUCCUCGCCCUGAGUCUCCUCGCCCCGAGUCUCCUCGCCCCGAGUCUCCUCGCCCGAUCUCCUCGCCCCGAGUCUCCUCGCCCGGAGUCUCCUCGCCCGUAGUCUCCUCGCCCCGAGUCUCCUCGCCCUGA